AUGCAUAGAGAAGAAGUUACUGGUAGAGAUAUUGCUGAGAUUGUUAGUAAAUGGACAUAUAUUCUUGUUUCCAAACUACAACAAUUGGAGAGGAAGAAGCUGUUGCAUUUGGAGGAAGAGUUACAUAGACAUGUGGUCGGUCAAGAUCCUGCAGUAAGAUCUGUAGCAGAGGCUAGUCCAAGAUCCCGGGAAGGCCUUUCAGAUCAAGAUAGAGCGUGCGUUGAAUCUUUAUCGCUUCACUAUGCAUCAGAUCCCCACCGUCCUGCUACUAGCUUCAUGUUCAUGGGUCCUACAGUUGUUGAAAAGACGGAGCUUGCAAAGGCAAUUCCUUCCUUUAUGUUUAACACCAAAGAAGCUCUUGUAGAUCGAUAUGGGCUAGUACAUGGAAAAACAUGCAGUUCCACAAUUGAUUGGAGCCCCAAGGUUACAUUGGAUAUGAAGGAGGGCAGUUCACAUUAUUUUCCAAAGUAUAUACUUAACACGGACAAUGAUACCUUGCCUAAGGAGAUGGCUUAUGAAACUAUGAAGAAGAGGGUAAUGGAGGCUGCAAGAUUAAUUUUCAGCUCCGAGUUCAUGAAUCGUGUCGACAAUCCAGCUCUUGACCUCAAACAGAUUAGCAGUAUUGUCAGAUCUGCAAAAAUCAGACCAACCACGACCAUUCCACCGCACCUCCAUCUCCACCGCCGUCGCACCUACUCAAUCACACCCACCGGACUGCCUCCGCACGCAUCUGUGAAUGGAGCGUCGCGAUGCUGCUGCCGUUCACAGACGCUGCUACAACAAUCGAGGGGGGAGGCGACGGAGAAUGGCCCGGAGGGAGAAAGGGGGAGAGAAGAGCGACGGCGACGGCGGUUGGCAGAAAAGGGGGAGGAGCGAGGCGACGACGACAGCUUUACAGAGAAGGGGAGGAGAGGAGAGGAGACGGCGCAUCGUCUCCGCUUCGAAGUUUAA